AAGAUGUUGUUGGUGGUUGCACAUUCGAUUAUGCUCCAACAAGCAUCUUGGAAAAUUAAAAGUAGGCGAUUGAAUAAGUGGAUCAGUCUAAAAGUAGCCUUGAAUCGCUCAAUUCGACCUGCAGUGGGUUGCAGUGUUGUUUAUUUCAACAUAUUAAAUUCAGACAUUUUGCAUUUCUGUGCGUUAAACAUUUGACUGCAUUUCUUUCCCACCGUUUUUAUCUUGACUUGUUUCUGUCAUUCAAAUGCGAUGCAUUCACUUGCCGAUGAAAUCAAGGCUUUCUCAAAGGCUUCGCUCAAAAAACAGAGCACCAGAGUGACAACCAUAACCGGGAAAAGACUUAUUGAAACACUGAGAGACGCUCGAGUGCAGAUAGCGGAAGACGCGCAUCAACUGGACGGAGCUUGUGGAUAUGUCGAGGACACCAGCCUUGAUCUGAAAAUUGGUGUUGUCAAGCCAUGGCUUAUGCUCGCAUCUCAAGAUGUAGCCCAUGAUUAUGAAAAACUAAAAGAUAAUAAGAUUUCACACAUCUUGAAUGUAGGCUAUGGAGUAGAAAGUGCCUUUCCAUGUGAAUUCAUUUAUAAAAGCAUUUUAAUACUGGACCUCCCUGAGACUUCUAUCACCUCAUACUUCCAUGAAUGCUUUGAAUUUAUUGACCAAGCAAAGGCACAGAAUGGGAUUGUGCUAGUUCACUGCAAUGCUGGAGUGUCGCGUUCUGCAUCUAUCGCCAUAGGUUAUCUCAUGUGGGAAAAUGGACUUAGUUUUAAAGAUGCUUUCUCAAUUGUGAAGAAUGCAAGGCAGACUAUCAACCCUAAUCCUGGCUUUAUGGAGCAACUAAGGAACUACCAGCCAAAGAAAUGAAUAAAGUAAAAUGGGCCUGAAUACAGUGAACUGAUAACCUUAUGGAUACUAUGUACCUUCAGUAGGAAAGCUAUGGUGAAUUAUACAUUUUUAAUUUGUUGAUUAUACAGUUUUUAUUCCUGAUUGUUAAUAUUUUCAAUACUAUCAUAUGCAUAAAAAGUGAAUAUUAGUAGCAGUAUUUGCAUUAAUCGGAUGCUAAUUUGGAUGCUGUUCAUUUGUGACCAAUGAAAAUCUAAUUGACUACAAGGAAGUUGUGCUCUUUUGUAAACUGUGUCCUAACCAUGAGGCUGUAGAUAUAUUUAUUGAUGUAGAUCAAACAUGUUCUAGGUUUUUUUUGUGCAUGUAGUGGUUUGUAUUAGUUAAUUUUCGAUCACUAUAACUUAAAACAAAAACUUUCUAGCUGUAA